UGACCACAAGUUGUAUCAAUUCAGCCGUUACGAAGCAUGUUACUCACCAGGUUGCAGCAGGCUGGACAUCGCAACUAACUAGCUCGAAACAUGGCAGAUCAAGAUUUACCAGAAGGAUGGGUGGCUCGCCAAAGUCGUAAACAAGAAGGCAAGACAUAUUAUCUGAACACAUUAACAAAUGCCAGUCAGUGGGAGAGGCCUACAGCUCCAGCUACAGAAACCAUGAGAUGCUCUCAUCUGUUGGUGAAACAUGCGGAGUCCAGAAGACCAUCAUCUUGGAAACAAGAUACUAUAACAAGAUCAAAGGAAGAGGCACUGGAGAUCUUGAAAGGACACAGACAACGUAUCGUUAGUGGUGAAGUAGAAUUCGGCACACUUGCAAGCACAGAAAGUGACUGUAGCUCAGCUCGUAAAGGUGGAGACCUCGGAUGGUUUGGCCGUGGUCAGAUGCAGCGUCCAUUUGAAGAAGCUACCCUAGCACUCAAAGUUGGAGAUAUCAGUGAGCCUAUAUACACAGAUUCUGGCAUCCAUAUUAUAAUAAGAACAGGGUAAUGAGUUUAGGAAUUACCAUUCCAAAAAGAUCACGGCUGUGUUGGCAACUGUAUACAAUACUCCAGCUGUUAGCAGUAAGGUUAAUGCCUAGGUUAUUGGUGUAUGUUUCCUGCAAUGCUCAGACCUUUCAGUGUUUAUUAACACGGCUUUUAGCUGCUUUCAGUGAUCUAUCAACCCUUUCUUUAGCCUCUCUCAAUGUUUAUGAACACUGACUCAGCUGCCGUCAGGCCCUCCGAGUAUCAGUUCUACGCUUGGCCUUUUCAAUGCUUAUUAACGCUGUCAUUAGCCCCUCCCAAUACUGAUCAACACUGCCCUCUUCUCAUAAUGCUUAUUAACCCUGUGAUUAGUUCCUGUCCCCUCUCAAUGCUUAGCAAAACUUCCCUCAGCCACUCUCAAUGCUUAUCAACACUGCCCUCAGCCACUCUCAGCUCUUAUCAGCACUGCCCUCAGCCACUCUCUGUGCUUACCAACACUGCCCUCAGUUCCUUCUGAUGCUUAUCAGAACAGUUGCAUUAUGUGUGUAACGUAUACCACUAUAGAAUUUUAAAGGAAAGUAGCAACAAGACAAAAAUGGACAUGUUAAAAAAGCCAAAAUAGUAUUGAUGAUUUAUAUUUAAGAUUGUUAGAUUCUAGACUUUAUGAUAUUAUACUUAAUGUAACCUAAAUUCCUAUGAAACUUUGUGUAAUUAAACAAACCCUUGUGUGCAACUUUUGUAAGCAUGUUUGCUGCAUCAGCAAAGAUCUUAUAACAAGAUAGCUUUCUCCGUGUUAUGCUUGUAACAAAUAGAAGCGUUCAAUUCACGCAGAAAACAAUAGAAAGUAAUUGUAAUUGAAAGAGGGCGUGCUAGUUGUUACUAUGGCAGUUGAUCCAGAAUUUUCACUGAGAUCUUAGAUGUCAAAGUUCAAAAGUAAUUAUAAUUGCAAGAGGGCGUCCUACACUGCAUUAUUACAGAAUUUGCAUGCAGAAAUCCCGGAGAACGCUACCUUGUUAUUAUAAGAUCUUUGUGCAUCAUUAAGAGCACCAUUCCAAGUGAUUUGUUUUUUAAAAAAUAAACAUGUGAAGUAUCAAUA